AUGCGUUCCUUUGUUGCGGAUCUUCAUCAUCAAUUGGAAGACUUGUGUGUACGGUCAAAUUAUAAUUCACAAUUCGAUGUUUAUCGUGGUCAAUGUAUGUCAAAGGAAGAUUUUCAAAAAUAUUCUCAUAACAUAGGAGGGUUGAUUUCGUUUAGCAGUCUGUUAUCAUGUAGUGAAGAUAAACGUAUAGCACUAGCAUAUGCUGUCAGUCAGAAUGGAAACAAUAACACUGCCAGUUUUACUUCAGAUCACAGUCGAUCCCAUGUUCGCAAUACCGCAUUCGCGAACGUAACAAGCGCCAACGCCUUUGGCGACGGAGAGCAAGAGUUUCUAUUUUCUAUAGGUACUGUUUUUCGUAUUCUCUGGAUUCGACCGUUAUAUCUCGAUAGUCUUAUACAAGAAUUCAUUCUAAUAGUGACUAACGAUGAAGAUAAAGAUUUAAAAGACUUGAGAGAGCAUAUGAGACAAGAAAUAUGUGGAACAAAUAAUUUGAUCAAUUUUGACCGAUUACUAAUCGAAAUGGGUAAUUUAAAUCAAAGUGAACGGUUCUACAACAUUGUACUUCGAAAAACGAGUGCACAAGGUGAACCACGUACAAUAGCUAUGAUCUAUAAUGACCUAGGAUUUAUUGCUGGUCAAAAUAAUUUCAAAUAA